AAAGUAAGGGCAAAAAGAGGGUAAAUGCCUGCUUUACAGUCUUCCUUCCCUUAGCUGGCCUUCUCCUUCUUGCCUGCUCGCGGGUAUCGACUCUCGAUUACCUUUCAGUUGAUGAUAGAAGAACGUGCUUCUGACAGUAUUAGGGUUUCCGAACGAAGAUGUCGCAGGGCGGGAAAUUGAUGCCGAAUCUUGAUCAGCAAAGCACCAAAUUGCUUAAUCUUACGGUGCUUCAGAGAAUCGAUCCCUUCGUUGAAGAGAUUUUAAUUACUGCAGCGCAUGUUACCUUCUAUGAAUUCAAUGUCGAGCUUAAUCAAUGGAGUCGAAAGGAUGUCGAAGGAUCUCUGUUCGUCGUUAAGAGGAAUACUCAACCUCGAUUCCAAUUCAUUGUAAUGAACCGAAGAAAUACAGACAAUUUGGUGGAGAAUCUCUUAGGAGAUUUUGAGUAUGAAGUACAGGUGCCGUAUCUGUUGUACAGGAAUGCUGCCCAAGAAGUUAAUGGCAUUUGGUUCUACAAUUCUCGUGAAUGCGAAGAUGUUGCAAAUCUCUUCGGCAGGAUACUUAAUGCAUACUCCAAGCUUCCUCCAAAGCCAAAAGUAUCUUCAAGCAAAAGCAGUGAGUUUGAGGAAUUGGAAGCUGUCCCAACUAUGGCAGUGAUGGAGGGUCCACUGGAGCCAUCAUCAACUGGCUCUACCAUCAAUGACGGUCCUGAUGAUUCUUCAUUUGUGAACUUCUUUAGUGCAGCAAUUAGCUUAGGGAAUGCUUCAAAUGCAACAAUUUCUGGACAAGGACAUCAGUCUAAUGCAACAGCCCCUGUAUCUUCCCAUGCACCCAGCAUUGUUCCCUCCCCUGUGCCAACCUUGCAGAUACCUUCUCCUCUCCCAACGUCGUCUGCUUCUCUAAUGCCCCUUCUUGAUUCACCUGAUCUUAGCAACAAUAACCGUGCAGCCAAUCUUGUCAAACCUUCUACAUUUUUCACUCCACCACCACCAUCGUCGUCUGCAUUGAUGAUGCCACCCAUCUCUUCUUCUAUGCCAACUGCUCCUCCUCUUCAUCCUCCAGUGAAUCUGCAGCGCCCAUAUGGUGCUCCCCUGCUUCAACCCUUCCCGCCACCCACUCCACCUCCAUCUCUUACUCCCACCCCUUCUACACCAAGUUAUGGACCAGUUAUUAGUAGAGAUAAAGUCCGUGAUGCACUACUGAGGCUUGUUCAGGACAACCGCUUCAUUGAUAUGGUUUACCGCGAGAUCCUGAAUGCACAUUAUUCAUGACAUGUGAAAGAGGUGGUGUCCAGUUGAGCUGUCACAUUGGUUAUGUAGUUGUGAUCGAUUAGAAGUGCCUGUAAGAUGGGUUUUGUACAGCCUUUGUUCUCGUCAUUUGCUUUUGAAGGGGGGUAAAUAUAAUCGGUUUGUGUUUGUUCGGCUUUUAAAACUUUAUGAAGAAAAUACUUCAUUUUA